AUCAACGAUGGUAGCGAUCCACAUCCCGACUUCGGUUGCCUCCUCCACGUAACAUGGCGCUGCUCUACCACUCUAUCCGCGAAAAUAAGCACGAAACAUUGUUAGCUGCAGCUGACAGCCAGCUAUUCUCUCCGUUCUCGUCUCUCCUGCAUGCUUCGGUUAUGCCAGAAACCGUCCGAUUUCAAUUGCCCUGAGCAUCAAUGGCCCCCGAAUCCCACCGGCCGCCAAUGCAGGCCUUGAGGAGGAGCCAGGCUGUAGCGGACGCCGUAAUCGGGCAUCUGGUAGGCGGCAACGUAGCGAGGUUGGUGGCAUCUUCCGAAGAUCUUGAAGGGCAAGGACGCGACUCGCCUCCCGCACGCGCUCACCGCACCAGCCCAGUAAAACUUCAGAAGAGAACAGCCGGCCCACGACCACACUCCCCUGACUCUCACAUUCAUCGGCCCAUCACCACGCGCUCGGGGAUCUACUCCCAUGCGUCUCGUUCACCACCGCUGGGCCAUGAGCAGUUCAUCGAUGGCCAGCUUCCACCCGGUGUGAAUAGUCAGAGUCCCACGUAUGUCCGCACCUUCCGUCACAACCCGGAGAGCGGGAAGUAUCUCGCGGACACGUUGACGAAUAUGGCCCUUAUGGACGACGCGGGGCAGAGAAGUUCACCUGUUCAUUCGAGUUCAAAGGAGGACUUGGGUCUCGGUGCAGAGAGAUGCCAGCUUCGGCGCUCCAGCCCACGGACCGAUCUUUCGUCGCUGGAGAGGGACUUGGACCGGAGCGAGCAGCAGCCGCUGGGAACUAUGAAUCGGAACCCCUCUAGAUCCCGAAGAGAUUCGACGCAGCCGGAGCCUAGGAAGGCCGCGCCAUACUGUCUCCAAGCUGAGCAUAAUCAGAGGUAUCCUACGAAAGAACACCCUCUGAAAGACAGGACACCAUACUCCAUCCUCCGCAACCCAAAGAACUCCCCAACUCCCCACCCCCUCGCCCACCAACCAAACCAAAAGCGAGUCUCUUUCGCAGAAGUCCAACAUCUCUCCAGCAGCCCACCUCCUCCUGGCACCACCAUCUACGAAAAAAUAGAAAGAAGGCCCUCGCACCUCGCCUCUUCCUAUCUCCCACGCUGCAAGGAUCCGCGCUGCUCUCUCCACCAAGUAGGAACAUUCCAUACGCAUAACGUGACUGUCGCUGCGAAUGCACAGCAUCCCGCGUAUCGGACCACGUCCAUUAAGCUGCCGAUGGGGUAUCCGGAGCCCUGCCCGCGCCCGUUUCAGGCUGAGGCUUCGACGGUGAAUGGGAGCGAGGAAGGAGCUAGGCCGGGGAAGGGUUCGCGGCGGCGGAUGUGGUGCGUGAGGGUUUGGCGGUGGGUUAAGAGGAAGGUCGGCUGGGUCUCCAGAGGGACGAAGCUGCCCAGUAGCCGGGACCAGCCUCGCGCGUGAGAUGACGCUUCUUCAUUGCGCAUGGGUAGUAGAUCAAGACAUGUAUGGUAUUGCAUGGGCUAGGCUGGGAUAGUAGCACCCUCC